AUGUAUAAGGCUCAGUGGAAAACAAAGUUGGCCAAAAAUAAACAUGGAGACUCACCUACUGAUGAGUACCUCCCAUUUAUUGAAAUAAUAUAUAGGCUACCAAGAACAGAAAUUUUUAAUCCAAACCAAAGCGCGAAAAAAAUCUAUCCGAACCAAAGUAAACGACGAACAAAAGGUGACCCUCGACCAAUAAACUCAUUUAUGAUACUCACAUUGGUUGUUAGAAAAGUCGCAGAAACUGAAACCGUUGACUUGGGAGAUGGAAGGUCGUGCAUAAGAAUAUGCCAACUUAUGCGUUGGGGCGCAACGAAAGAUGAAUGGGAAAUUUUUUUAAAAUUACAAAAAGAUUUUAAGAAAAUUCAUUCUACGUAUUUUCCAUUAUAUGAUUAUCGCAAAAAACCCCCAGUAUCUGAUACAAGCGAAUUUGUUAUAGUUAAUUCAGAUAAUUAUGAAGUCCUUGUUUCACAAUCUCGUAAAAAAAUUACUUCACCCACUGAACCUUCUUCACCGUUUUUCGAACCUCAUAAUAAUGGACGGUUGACAGCAAAUUAUCCUUAUGCAAUUGCUAGUCCUCAAAACAUUCCAAGAGAAGCACAAGCCUUUUAUUCAUAUAAAUUUAUUUCUCCACUUGACUCUCAAGACAAUUUUACUCCUAGUUCACCAUCGUCGUCUUGUUCUAGUGAUGUUAUAGUUCCCAGCUCUCCGUUGGCACUUCAUGAAGGUAUUGUUUCACAAGCACCAAAUUCUCAAAUUGGUUCUCAGGACAUAGUUGUUCCUAGCUCAUCACCAGUUUCUCAAGUUGGAUGUCAAGAUAUAAUUGUUGUUCCUGGCUCACAUUCUACUGCUCAAGAACGUAAUGCCGAAAGUUAA